UCCUGCCGAGACGCAACUCAAUCAGAAACGUACAGACGUCUCAUGGUUCCGCUGUGGAAAUGGCCUAGUCUGGUCCGGUACGGUCACCUCGCUAUAAAUGCCAAAUGAGCUGCUAUUUGUCGGAGUCGGCCGAGAGAAGAUAGCCCUGUCUGAGCCGCUACCUAGGACUUUGAGUAGGUAAUUUGAGGAGUGACGAGGCAGAAAAAAACAAUGCCACAUUUCCUGUGGCCGGAGCCGCUGUCACCGGCACAACUCAAGCGGCUGGAGGAGCAUAAAUACAACGCGUCCGGUCGAUCCCUGUUCGAGCCUCCGUGCCAAAUCUACUGGAACUGGCUCGUCCAGAAAAUACCGACAUGGAUCGCACCAAACACCCUGACUAUUGUCGGAUUGCUGGUCAAUAUCCUUACCACCGUGGUCCUUGUGUAUUAUUGUCCCACAGCAACAGAGGAGGGUCCAGCAUGGGCCUUCAUCCUGAGCGCUUUGGGCCUGUUUGUCUACCAGUCUCUGGACGCUAUCGAUGGGAAACAGGCCCGGAGGACCAACAGCAGCUCAGCCCUGGGGGAGCUCUUCGACCACGGCUGUGACGCUGUCUCCACAGUGUUUGUCGCGGUGGGAACAUGCAUUUCAUGUGGAAUAGGAAGAUACCCAAACUGGAUGUUCUUCUGCGGUUUCAUCGGGAUGUUUAUGUUCUUCUGCGCCCACUGGCAGACCUACGUGUCUGGGACGCUCCGCUUCGGCCUGGUUGAUGUCACAGAAGUGCAGUUUGCCAUCAUGGUCAUGUAUUUGAUGUCAGCUUUCGGAGGUGUGAGCCUCUGGCAAACCACGUUGCCCAUAAUUGGACUGAAGAUGUACUUCUUCCCCAUCGUGGGCAUCAUCGGGGGCGCCCUCUACUCCUGCCAAAACUACUUUCAUGUCAUUUUGAAUGGAGGUGUUGGCAAAAACGGCUCCACCGUGGCGGACACCAGUGUGCUGAGUCCUGGUUUGCACAUCGGCCUCAUCCUCACCUUGGCCUUCAUCAUUUUCAAGAAGUCGUCCAGUCAGCUGUUUGAGAAUCACCCCUGUCUGUACCUGCUCGCGUUCGGCAUGGUCAUCGCCAAGAUCUCCAACAAACUGGUGAUUGCGCACAUGACCAAGAGUGAGUUACACCUCCCAGACACAGCCUUUAUAGGCCCCGGCCUCCUCUUCCUCAACCAGUACUUCAACAGCUUCAUUGACGAGCACAUAGUUCUCUGGAUCGCCAUGGUCCUUUCUCUUCUGGAUCUGACACGCUACUGUACGGGCGUGUGCCUCCAGAUUGCCUCCCACCUGCGCAUCCAAGUCUUCAGCAUCACGCCGCCGAGCAACGCCCACCGCGACUGACGGCUUGCCCGGCGGGAGGAGGGGGCGGAGGGAGAGUCGGACCUCUCCCCGCUCCUGAAAGCAGACAACGAUGAACAUGAGGAAAGACCCUCGACCCCGAGCCACUGCAGCCUUGACAAAGUGACCACUUCUGAUUAAAACUGCCUCUACCACCGUAUGGAGGUCACGAGACGGGAAAAACAACUCAACACUACAAACCAAAAAGUAGCAAUAGUGGAAACUUACACAAAAACCAGAGUUUCCCCUGAAUUCCUCAUUGGCUGUUGAAGCCAAUCAAAUUAAAAACAGCAUGUUGUCAGAAUAUAAAAUUUUAGAUUUUUACAUCACUUCCUGCUUAUUCAUCUCAAAUACCAAAAUGUUUUUUUCAGUAGGUAUUUUGUAGUUUGUGUAAAUAUCAAAGCAUUUUAUCUGCUAUAUAUGAACAGAUAUGUGUCAAAGGUACGAUUGUCAUGUAUUAAACACACAUAAAUAUACAACAAUAAUAACUGCUCGAUAAAUAGUUGAUAGUUGCUUCUUCAAUGAGAUAAAUCUCUUUGAUAUAUGCCCAAACUAAACAGAGUACCUAUUGAAAUUCCUCCUAAUCAUCUGCUUUUUUAUUUAUUCAAUGAAUGUGACUGAAUGUGACUGAAUCUGACGUGAAUCAGGGCUGGAAAAUACAGAAUCAAAACGACAAAAAUAACCUUUAAAACCUCAAAUAAUUUCCAAUGAACUUUGUAAUGUGGACCGGCAGGUUGUCAGCGUGCUACGUGAAGGGUUGACGGUCUGUGUUAAUGCUGAAAAUAGCGACGGCUCUUUUUUGUAGGCUUCAUAAAACGCCACUCCAGUUUUCUAAACAUUUUUAUUCCAUACUACUCAUCUCGUUCCAUAGUCCUGAAAACUAAGACCAGCUCACCUGUGGCCUUCAGAGCGCCGUCGACUGAUGAAGCAUUAACACACGACUUGUUCUGCUUUCUCUAUUCUUCUCCCUGAAGGGCUAAUUUUUUUUGUGAUUGUACAGAUUUCAACUGAAGACGCCUUAAAUAUUUUUGUUGUAAUUACUGUUAAACUUGUGAAUAUUUAAAGCAGCUUUGUACGUUUUUUUUUCCACUAAAGUAUCACACUAGAUAAAAACAAUAGUUAUAAAACAGUGCAACUGGAAUUUUUUUUUUUUUUUUUUUUUUUUUAACUGUUCACUCAUGAAGUUUCUUCACUUAUACAAAUAUACACUCUGUACAUGUUAAUGAUUCAUUUGGAUCUUAAAAUUUUGUUGGAUUAUCAGUAAUUUUGUAAUGACUGAAUGAUAUUACGGAACAUUUCUGAUCCGACUGACUCAUUAUUCAGGUUCGCUGGGAUCAAAAGGGAUAUUUCUGUGGUGCCGUUGGACUAUUUAAGGGUGAAUAUGUGGUACUCCUUGAUUUUAUUUGAAAAAAUAAGGAUUAUGGACAUUAUAAAGCAGAAUGUCCUAAAAAAAAAAGAUGAUUUUUGCAUAACCCGACGAUGGACUUUGAAACUAUGCAUUGAAAUGUACGACCUUGAUUUCAAACGCCAUGUUGCACUGUUCAAUAAUACAGUAAAACACCUUUCUACUAACUGAUGAGUGGAAAAGAUUGUAAUAAAGAAAAUAUUUUUCAUGGA